AUGUCCGGGAACACCCCAAUCGACCAGUUAGCGGACGCCGCUGACCGUAUUUUCUCGCAACUGGAUCAUCAGACAACGCCAGUACACAGUGCUGAAGCGAUUAGUGACCACAGGUCCUUGGGAAAAACAGUGGAGGAUUUGCAGCGCCAAGUUAGAGAUUUAACAUUAGCUCUAGAAAGCUAUGGUCGAAGCCGGUUCCCUUCCCGCCGGCGCUUCAGGAGUCGACCACGCUCGUCCAGUCGAAACAAGGAUGCCACUUCUAUGUGUUAUUACCACCGCCGAUUUGGGUCUGCAGCACAUCACUGUACUAAACCGUGCAACUAUACUGCGGUCGCGGAAAACAAGACCGCCAGCGAUCGCCUUUUCUACGUGACGGAUACACGUAAUAAUUUACGUUUUUUGGUUGACACCGGCGCUGCCAUUAGUGUUUUACCCGUGCGUGAUAAAGCACGUCAACAACCUUUUCAGCUCCGCUUACAAGCAGCAAAUGGUUCCAGUAUUAAUACUUACGGUACGAAGUCCCUUACCCUAAACAUAGGAAUGCGACGAGACUUUACCUGGAAUUUUACUGUUGCUGACGUCCAGAUGCCGAUAUUGGGUGCCGAUUUCCUGGCGCACUAUGAUCUAGCCGUUCGAAUGAACAAUCAUUCCUUAACAGACAACUUAACAAGACUGUGCGUUCUUGGCACUUACUCUAAACUUACCACCACAGGUAUCACCGUGGCAACUUGCCACAAUAAAGAGUACUUAGACUUAUUGAAUCAGUACCAGGACCUCCUGCGUCCUGCUGGAUCUAUUGAUUCAACUAAACAUCAAACACAACACUUUAUUAAGACCACUGGUCAACCUGUUUUUUCCCGUUCUCGUCGUCUAGCACCUAACAAAUUAAAAUUCGCAAAGAAAGCUUUCGACGACAUGCUACGAGAGGGUGUUAUUCGUCCGUCCGACAGUCCCUACGCUUCCCCUCUUCAUUUGGUACCUAAACCAGGAAAGGAAGACUAUAGAAUUUGUGUGGAUUAUAGAAGGUUGAUUUCCAUUACCGUCCGGGAUCCUGUGACCACACCCCCAGUUUCUUCCUCUUUUAUUCAAGACUUACGCCUUAAAAUGGCAAACUUAUGCUAUACACCACCGCGGCACUGCCCGAGUGAUAUAUAUUUACCGCACCAGCUCAAGGACUGCGAGUUUGUAUUUGUACGUAACGACUCUGUUAAGCGGCUUCUUACGCCGGCCUACACAGGCCCAUACCGCGUUCUUAAACGCGCGGACAAAUAUUUCCAAAUACGAAAAGGUAUUCAAACCGACAACGUUUCGAUAGAUCGGUUGAAGCCUGCUUUUAUAGAAAAACCGUCGUCUCAUACUACUUCCCAAUCAACUCCGCAAGUUCAGGAGAAAUUCAAGACACCUGUUUCUCUCGACAAGCCUAAAUUCAAAAGUGAAAGAUCCUACAGAGGAAAACAGAAUUCAUCUGACAGAAGGAUGUAA